UUUACGUCGGACAGUGACUCUGCUGCUACAUCCUUCGGCGGUCUCACUGACUGAACUGAGGAAGGAGCUUUUCUUGAGUCAACGGAAGAAAGAUUUUUUUAAGAAGAAAACGAGACGAGGACAACGUUUACGGUGAAUUUUGGCAAUUACAGCGGAAGGAUAGCUGCUCCGUUGCCGCUGACACCGAGGACUGAGCAUAGGAGGAGGAGACCCGUUCACCGCUACACUCAGCCUGUCUUCACAGACAAGGUGUCGGUCCAUCCAUGGCCUUCUCUAGGUGACCUCCAGGUGACCUCAGUCACUCCUGACUGCAGCUUUAAUCGCUGCCCAACCUGAAAACACGCGUCAGUCAGAAAGACGACGACGGCAGCGGUGCGCUUGGGCCACUGAGGCAGGAGGGAGCCGCAGAACGAAGAGAACAAGAGAGAGGAGAGGCGAUAAAGGAUGGAGGAGGAGAGGGGGAGGUGUGGAGAUAUCCGAUGAGUCAGCAGGGAAGAGGAGAAGAGGCAGUGGGAGGGAGGACGGAGAGAGUUCAUAGAUGCUUUUAAUAGAGAGAGGAGAAGAAGAGGGAGAGAGAUUCUUCUGGUGUGUGACUGUGUUUGUGUGCACUGAUUCAGCUGGAGACGUAGAGGAGAUGAGAUCUGGACCUGGACCUGGACCUGGACCUGGACCUGGACUUGGACCUGGACCUGGAUGUGGACCUGGAGGUGUUAAACACAGCGUUCACAGCUAACGGAGGAGGAAAAAAGAGGGGAAGCCGGAAAGAAAAAGGGGAGACAGAGACAGAGAGGGAGAGAGAGAGAGAGAGAGAGAGAAGAGAAUGGGUGAGAGCUACAUGUACCAGCGACUCCCCUUUGGCAGAGGAGAGGAGGAGGCGGAGGAGGAGGAGCACGACGAAGACGAGAGAGACAGGAGGAUCAGGGACAGUGUCGGGAGGCAAAUGAUGCAGUGUGAGGAGGGGACAGAGUGGCUGCUGGAGCUGCUGACGGACGUUCAGCUGCAGCAGUACUUCCUGAGAAUCCGCGACGAGCUCAACGUCACGAGACUCUCGCACUUCGACUACGUCAAGAACGAGGACUUGGAGAAAAUCGGCAUGGGGCGACCAGGCCAGAGGAGACUGUGGGAGGCGGUCAAGAGGAGGAGAGCACUUUAUAAACGCAAGUCCUGGAUGAGCAAGGUGUUUCCGGUGAAACGGUCCGACGCUGACCCACAGCAGUCCCUCCCACAGACGGCGGCGGUGGCGGCAUCAUCCGGCCAGGGGGCGGCCAGCAGCGAAUCGGCAGCGUCCCUCACUUGCCUGAUCAGAGAGGCGGAGCUGCAGCUCUUUGAGCGGCUCGGGGACGGAACGUUCGGAGUGGUGCGGAGAGGAGAGUGGACCGGUCCUAACGGCAGAGUGUUGUCGGUGGCAGUGAAGUGUCUAAAAGCGGGCGUGUUGGACUCGGAGGGUCUGGACGAUUUCAUCCGAGAGGUGAACGCCAUGCACUCGCUGAAUCACCAGAACCUCAUCCGGCUGCACGGCGUCGUCCUCACGCAGCCGAUGAAGAUGGUGGCAGAGUUGGCUCCUCUGGGCUCGCUGUUGGAUCGUCUCAGAAAGCGCCAGGGCCACAUCCUCAUCUCGUCUCUCUGUAACUACGCCGUACAGGUGGCAUGUGGCAUGGCUUACCUGGAGCAGAAGCGUUUCCUCCACAGAGACUUGGCCGCUCGCAACGUCCUGCUCUCCACCAACGACACGGUCAAGAUCGGAGACUUUGGCCUGAUGAGGGCGCUGCCGGUGCACACUGACCUGUACAUCAUGGAGGAGGGUCACAAAAUCCCCUUCCCUUGGUGCGCUCCAGAGUCUCUGAAGUCCCGCACAUUCUCCCAUGCGUCCGAUACCUGGAUGUUCGGGGUCACACUGUGGGAGAUGUUCACACAUGGACAGGAGCCGUGGCUGGGCCUCAACGGCAGCCAGAUCCUCCACAAGGUUGACGUGGAGGCUGAGAGGUUGUGCAAACCAGAGGACUGUCCUCAGGACGUCUACAACGUCAUGCUGCAGUGCUGGAGCCCCAAACCCGAUGACAGGCCGACCUUCAUCGCCCUCAGAGACUUCCUCCUCGAGACGAUGCCUACGGACAUGAGAGCGCUGCAGGACUUUGAGGAGGACGACAAGCUGCCCAUUAAGAUGAAUGACGUCAUCACCAUCGUCGAGGGAAGGGCCGAGCAUUACUGGUGGCGAGGUCAGAACAGGCGGACGCUGCGUGUCGGUCAGUUUCCCCGUCACGUGGUGACGGCCGUCGCCGGCCUGUCCGCCCAGGACAUCAGCCGACCGCUCAAACACUCCUUCAUCCACACGGGACACGGGGACACGGAUCCUCACCGGAGCUGGGGGUUUGCAGACCGCAUAGACAGUCUGUAUUUGGGGAACCCCAUGGAUCCACCCGACGUCCUCGGGAUGGAGGCCGGCAACGCGAGACCGACCAAACUCCCCAACCGUGCCAAGAAGCAACCUCCACCUCGUCCACCUCAGCCUGCCGUGCUGCUGAAGAAACCGUUCUACGACUCUGUGAUGGACGAUUACGACGACGUCGAGGACACCACCGCCGCCUCCUCCUCCUCGGGCCUGAAGAGGCUGGGAGUGUCCCUGGGUCUCAAGCUCCGCCCGUGGGAGGGGCCCGGCGUGCGCUCAGCCAGGAGUGAGGUGUCCCUCAUCGACUUCACCGACGACAGCUUCAGCUCGACCACGCCGUCGCCACUCACCGAGACGCAGCAGCCGGACGAGGACACGCUGAAGGACACGCCCUCCAUCUUGGACUGGCCCCUCCCUCAGCCGGCUUACGACGAGGUCGCCGUGGACCUCGACGACCAGUCAGAGGACCAGGAGGUGAAGUCCAUCAACAGGGGGCUGAGCGAGGAGACCGCAGCCACACCGGGGGUUCCUCUCACGGGCAGGAAUGAGUCGCAGUCGGCCGACCUCUUCCAAGAACUGCAGAGAGAGGUGAUGGUGAAACUGCAGGUUCCCAUGGCGACUGGCCGCUCGCUGCCCUCCUCCCCGCUCCCGAUAGCUCUGGCCCCCGUGAGCCCCCACAGACAGAUCUACCUACCUCCCCCCUCCCCCUCCCCGUCAUCCACCUCCACAUCUAACUCCUUCUUCCAGGAGCGGCCGGUGCUGCCCCCUCGUAGCCCCGCCCCCCCGCUGCGCCCCUCCAAACACAACCUCUCCGCCCGCGCCACCCAGCCACACGCUCGCUCCAGCUCCAUCUCCCUGGGCGACGAGGAGAACACGCCCCCUCAGAUUCCACCGAGGGACCACGCCUUCUCUCAGCCGGGCUCCCGCUCAUCCUCUCCCCUCCCACUGGUGGUACCACCCCCCUCCUCCUCACCUGUGGUUCUCCCACCUCCUCCCCUCUCUGUCUCACCACGCCGGGCAUCAGGACUGCUGGGCCCCCUCCUGACCUCUUCUUCUCCGCCUUCACGCCUUGCACCUCCAGGCUCCUCCUACUGCUCCGGCUCCUUACUCGAGCCGCUUUCCCUUCGCGAGGGGCGUGGCGUGACGUCGUUGAUUGACAGCUCCCAGAGCUCUGCCCCCGCCCCUCUGCCGGAGAGACCAGCGUUUCUGGAGCGAUACGGAGCGGCCAACAUGGCAGCGGUCAAACCCAUAAUGCAGCAGCAGCAGCAGCCAGGGGGCGCCAAACCAAAUUCCUCUUACAACAACAAUAACGGACGAACUGCAACAGUUCCGAGCAUGCAACAGGAGCACAGCAUCACACAGGUACAAGGAGCAGUACAUGGCGUCACACUGGAGGAGUGUAAACAUGCUCUGCAGACUCACAACUGGAAGAUUCCUCAGGCCAUAAACCAUUUGAAGGUAGAGCAGUUGUUCCGUUUGGGGCUGAGGUCCAGAAUAGAGUGUGAGGAGCUGCUGCAGCGCUGCCACUGGAACCUGGAACAGUCCAGCACCGUCAUGCUGGACACAUACGGACCCCAUCAGAACAGGAAAUGAUGUCUCCCUCAUGGACACACACCGAAGAGCAAAUUGACGAACAAAUCAACGAACUUAAAGCUAAACUACUGGAAUGACUCAUCACUUUAAAGACAAAUCGCAUAAUAGUGACGCUUCUUUUCCCCCUGAAGGGAGAAAUUGUGCCUCACAAAAAAAAACAAAAUAUCGUACUGUGAAUUACCUGCUACUACCUGCGCCACACACACAUACACAUGCAUGCUAACAGUGCAACUCCAAAUAUUUACUUGAAAUGUCGCUAUUUAUGUUUUUCGUAACAAUUAUCUGACAUAUGUUGUGAGGAUUUUUUUUUUUUUGUCUGCCAAUGGCUAACUGCUUACUGCUAACUCUUAGCAGAUAAUGCUAAUUUAUGUUUACGUAAAAACAACAACACUGUAAAUGUCCAUGCCUUUUGCGCUAGCAAUGACGAAACAUAAAAUCAGGGACAGCUACAAUGAAAAUGUACAGAUAAGACACUGUAUUGUAUAUCGCACUUUACUGAGUGAAUCGACACACGUGGAUACAUUUGCAAACUGCUGGUCAGAAGAGGAUUUAGCUAAUUGUCAAGCUAGUGCAAUGAAUAGGGCUGGGUAUUGAUUAAGACAUUUUAACGAUACGUUAUCGAUAUCUUGACUUUCAAUACAGAUUCCUUAACGAUACUUUUCCCUGAUACCAAA